AUGGACGGCAAGGCGCCUCAUCUGCUGCCUCCGAGCCUGAGCGAGGCCAAAAAGAAGAUCCGGGAUGACGUCCCACUGGUCUGCGGAUGGGCGCUCAUCAACGCCUUCAGCGUCGUCUUCGGCCCAGCAAGCGGCUACAUAGCCGACUACCUCCAUGUCUCGUGCAGCAAGUCCUCCUUCAUUCUGCCGUGCAUCGAGCUGACGGACGCGGAGGAAGCCAGGCUAGUCGCCCUCUGCAUCGGGAUGCUGUGCUGCGCCCCAUCCCAGGCAGCCGCGGCGGCGCUGGCGCUGCUGCUCCCACGCCGCUGUCGCCGGGCCCGCCGCGCCCUCGCCUACCUCGCGCUCGCGGUCACAAUCCUCUUCCAUUGCAUGUACGUCAGCACCUUCUGGAUCCUCCUCGCCGCCGACCCAGGGUACAUCUUCGGCAGGAUCUACUACACCGUGAUCAUCUGCUUCAUCGUGGUGUGCGACCUCUGGUGCUGCGUGGCCCUCCUCUUGGAGGUGAUGCGCGGCGCAAGCAAUGCGCGUAGCCUAGCCUGUUAG